UAGUGGUCAGAGAACCUAAGAAAUAGUUCCAGCAUGGGAGGUAACCCCGGCAACCAUUCAGAGUUGCCUCCUUUCACCCUGACUGGUCUCCCAGGACUGGAGACCUCCCAACACUGGAUAUUUCUGCUCCUUGGGACUCUCUACAUUGUCUCCAUUGUGGGCAAUGCCUUUAUCCUUUUUAUUAUCAAGGAGAAGCAGAGCUUGCAUCAGCCUAUGUACUACUUCCUGUCCCUGUUAUCAGUUAACGACUUAGGUGUGUCAUUUUCCACACUGCCCACUGUGCUGGCCACAUUUUGCUUUCAUUUAAGGAAGAUCACCUUUGAUUCUUGCAUGGCUCAGAUGUUCUUUAUCCACUUCUUCUCUGUCACAGAGUCUGGAAUCCUGCUGGUUAUGAGUUUUGACCGCUAUGUGGCCAUCUGUAAUCCACUACGCUAUGCCACAGUGCUCACUGAUGCCCGUGUGGCACGCAUGGGCAUGUCUGUUAUCAUUCGCAGUUUCUGCAUGGUUUUCCCAAUGCCUGUCCUUCUGAAGAGGUUGCCUUUCUGCAAGGACAAUGUACUCUCCCAUGCCUACUGUCUGCAUCCAGAUCUGAUCCGCCUGCCCUGUGGUGACAUCACCAUCAAUAAUAUUUUUGGUCUAUCCGUUGUCAUCUCUACCUUUGGUGUGGACUCUGCACUCAUUCUUCUCUCCUAUGUGCUCAUACUACGCUCAGUACUUGGCAUUGCUUCUUGGGAGGAGCGGUUAAAGACACUCAACACAUGUGUGUCACAUAUGUGUGCUGUUCUUAUCUUCUAUGUGCCCAUGGUUGGUGUGUCCAUGGCAGCUCGCUACAGGAGGUAUGUUCCACAGUAUGUGCACACACUCAUGUCCCUCAUUUAUCUCUUUGUUCCUCCAAUGCUCAACCCUGUUAUCUACUCCAUCAAAACUAAAGAGAUUCGUCGAAGGCUUUUCAAAAUACUACUGGGGACCAAGUUUUAAGUGGGAAUCAUGGUGAAAGGUCAAGUUGCACAGAAUGUUUACAGUUAUUUGACAAAUUUGAAUGUUCCAAACCUGUUUUGAUAAGAGUUUUAAAAUGUCCUUUGGGCACUAACCUACUUUUAGGACUUCUGCCAUCUGAUGUCUAGUGAUGUCUUGGCAUUUGUUAACAUUCUAGUCAACAUGCUUUGGCAAGGUAAAAUGGGU